GAGAGAGAGAGAGAGAGAGAGAGAGAGAGAGAGAGAGAGAGAGAGAGAGAGAGAGAGAGAGAGAGAGAGAGAGGUGGAAUCGGGAGCUCCGUGUUUCUCCAGAUGGCGUUCUAAACGCAGACAGAAGGCUACGGAGGGACCGAGAGAGGACCAGAGAGCAGAUUGCCUUUCCUUCGCUGGAUUUCAAUGACUGAGGAAAAAAGUGGACAGAAGACCAUACUGAAUCAUCUUAACCAAAUAGAUGUUGACGGGAAAACACGCGUCGGUUGUUAAAAUACCCAACAGUUGAACACAACACGGAGACACAAUUGUUGAAAACGGACCAGCGGAGCGGUUUUGCUUGGAGAGAUCGUUGCGGCGGUCAAGAGUUGCUUUCAACAAGCGCAGCAACAGAGAGACACACAGACAGACAGAGAGACAUACAGUCAGACAGACAGAUAGACAGGCGGCCCUACGGUCUGAAUAAACACAAAGACCACACUACUGGACCUUAACAGUUCCUGCCGCCUGAAAUCACGGAGAAUGUUCUCGACCUGAGCAAGGGGAUUUAAAGUUGUCCCACGGGGACGAGCCAGCGGAGCGCCGUGUGAGAUCCUGGUGGGAGAUCCUGGUGGGUGACCCCGCAGGGAGAGAGGAGAACAGGCCACUCCGGACGCUUCAAGAGUCAAACAAACAAACAAACAACAAGGCGCGUUGGGUUUAAUUCAAACGUUCAACGGGGCGUUUUCGUAGCAGAACGUAAACUUUGGUGAUUCCUAAGAUGGGUGAGAUAUUGAACCAGAGUGCGGAUGCGUGACGGGAGCAACUUUUCCAUUUCUCUCUUCCUCCGCGUCAGAAUAAGCGACAAAGACAGUGUAUACCAAAGACUUGUAUGUGCUCCAGUGUCCGACCACCUGGCUUGGUGUUUAUCCAGACAUUAUCUGGAUGAUAUAUACCUCAUAAGUCAUACACAAGGAGAGUGAACAAUCCAUUGGGAUAUCUUUGACUGGACAGUGAAUAAGGGAGAGAAAAGGAAUUAUUCCCUGAGUAGCCUACAUUUUUUUGAUUCCUGAAGGCUUCAUAGGCUACGUAUUUCCCCCAAAUAAUGAGGAUUGUGGCGUUUUGAGAGUUGUUUCAAUAUAUUCCGUGUGGAUUAUCAAUAACCCUGCUACUCUUCGACCUUUACAGAAGCAGAGUGCAGAAGGACGGAACGAUGCCAGAUUCUCCUGCGGAUGUCAAAUCCCAGACCAGGUCCAGCCCCCCCACCAUGCCUCCCCCACCGCCUGCUGUGAACCAGGCAGCCAAUCGCAACAUCUCCUUCACCCCCACAACAAGCAAAUCCAUACUCAAUGGCAGCAGCCACUCGCCCACCUCACUGAAUGGCGGCCCCUCUACGCCCAACGGCUUCAGCAACGGGCCCGCCAUGUCAUCCACGGCCUCGCUGUCCAACCAGCAGCUCCCGCCGGCCUGCGGUGCGCGGCAGCUCUGCAAGCUCAAGCGCUUCCUCACCACGCUGCAGCAGUUUGGCAACGACAUCUCGCCGGAGAUCGGCGAGCGGGUUCGCAGCCUGGUGCUGGGACUUGUGAACUCAACUCUAACCAUUGAGGAGUUCCACUCCAAACUACAAGAGGCCACCAACUUCCCCCUGAGGCCGUUUGUCAUUCCUUUCCUGAAGGCCAACCUGCCACUGCUCCAGAGAGAGCUGCUCCACUGUGCUCGACUGGCCAAGCAGACUCCGGCCCAGUACCUGGCCCAACACGAGCAGCUGCUGCUGGACGCCAAUGCCAGCUCCCCCCUGGACUCCUCCGAGAUCCUGCUGGAGCUCAAUGAGCACGGCAAGAGACGCACGCCCGACAGGACCAAAGAGGGCUCCGACAGGGAGCUGCACCACCACACAGAGCACCUGGCCAAGAGACCCUGCACCACCAGCCCCAACCAGCGCUUCAGCCCCGGCACAGGGCUGCCCCCUCACCCGCCCCCCAACGGCCUCCCCACGCACCCCCCACCCAACGGGCUCCCUGGCCAGCCCCCGCCCAACCCCCCGGCGGGCCCCCAGCACUACCGUCUGGAGGACAUGGCCCUGGCCCAUCACUAUCGGGACGCCUAUCGCCACAAUGAGCACCGGGACGCCCGGGAGCGACACCGGCAGACCGCUGUGCACGGGGCACGCCAGGAAGAAGUCAUCGACCACAGGCUCACGGACCGCGAGUGGGCUGAGGAAUGGAAGCACCUUGAUAACCUGUUGAACUGCAUCAUGGAUAUGGUGGAGAAGACGCGGCGGUCACUGACCGUCCUGCGGCGCUGCCAGGAGGCGGACCGUGAGGAGAUGAACCACUGGAUCCGUCGCUAUAGCGACGUGGAAGAGAUGAAAAAAGGUGGGAGCAACGGACAGCACCGGCCUCCUACCCUUCCUCACCCUCCUCUACCUCAUCCCAACUUGAACACAGCUAACAGCGGCGAUGCGCAAACUGCCAUAGAGAUCCACCGAGACUUCCUCCACAGACCUGUGUCAGGUUACCUGCCGGAGGAAAUCUGGAGGAAAUCUGGUACGACAAGCAUCCCACUCUCCCCGGCACUGAAACAUCUCCAGCACAAACAGGAGGAAGCAGUGAAUGAGGUGAAGCGGCAGGCGGUAUCUGAGCUCCAGAAGGCGGUAUCGGACGCAGAGAGAAAGGCCCAUGAUAUGAUCACGGCGGAGCGGUCUAAGAUGGAGCGAGCCCUUGCAGAGGCAAAGAGACAAGCCUCCGAGGACGCUCUGACCGUCAUCAACCAGCAGGAGGACUCCAGUGAAUCCCUCCAGAGCUGCUGGAACUGUGGGCGCAAGGCCAGCGAGACGUGUAGCGGCUGUAACACCGCGCGCUACUGCGGCUCCUUCUGCCAGCACAAGGACUGGGAGAAGCACCACCACGUGUGUGGCAAGGGCCUGCAGGGCCUCCCGGGAAGCAGCGCUGUCCCGCUGGGCACCCCCUCCUCCUCCGCCACCUCAGCCAACCCCGGAGCGCCCCCCUCCCACGGUGAGAGCGCCCCCCAGGGCACCCUCUCUCUGGUGGGUCAGGGCGCCUUGUCGUCCGUCUCCCUCAGCCCCAAAGAGAGCAGCUCCAGCGGCGCCUCGCGAUCCACGACCCCCGCGACCCCCGCACUGCUCGACGCCGCCUCACGCUGACACCGAGCUACGCGCCCUCCCCCUCACGUCCCCGGACCUUGACCACCAUCCCUGCUGACCCCCACAUUGUGUGCCCCUCUAGAAACGGCUGCUACAGUGCCCACACUCCAUAGAAAACCAAACAGAGGAACCCACAGCCCCCUCUAGCCCUCUCAAUUCACUACUAAUCCCUCCCCGUGCCUCCGACUCCUUCCUCCCCUUUCUCUUGGAGAGAGCUCUGUUGAGAACUUUUGUCUGGUCCAAGAUUCGUCCUCCAUCGCUUAUCUCAAGCUUCAAAGCAUUAUGAGUCCUCACACACAUGCUGACACCUACAGCUCUCGCCACAGACUGCUCGCUCUCUCUCACCUCAUCUGGUUUGCAGAUGAUAUGAGUCUUUAUGUAAAAUAUCAUGAAGAUAAUAGUGAGACCAUAGCCUGGCGCAGGGAACACUCUUCCUCACAGUUCAGCCAACAUCAAGAAGCGCUUGGACAGCCCUUUAAUUCAGCACCAGAGAAUGUGUGUCAGAGAGGCCGAAACCAACAUGUGCACUAGCUAUUUAUUCCCCUCUUAGUGUUGGCACUUCCUGUAUGGCAUCUGUAAGGAGAUAAGUAAGAGACAGUCUUUGAAAUGGUUUUAGGUUCAAAAGAGACUCGACUAAAUAUCGAUCUGAAAUGUCUUUCUUUGGCUUUAAGGGAUCUCGGUGAAGAAAAACUCCAAAUAUUCUGAAGGAAAACUAGUAGCGAUAUUGCCGAUGAUAAUAAAUUAUUUUUAAGCUAUCAACUACCUUGCUAGUGAGCCAAGAAUCGACACCAGACCUCUCCACACCACGGUGAACCCAAAUGAUUUCAAAUAUAAUGAAAAAAAAAGAAAGAAUAAUAAUAAUAAUAACGAUGAUCCAAACUUUGUAUUACACUGCCAAAGUGAAAAAUAAGGACAAAGGAGGAGCACUCAUCUUUAAAACCAAACGUCAACCGCACGUCCUCUGCUGACCGGCCAGCAUAGGAGAGCCGGUGCUGGAGUCCUGUAAUCAGAGUCGCACUGUGUCUGACCUACUUGGACAGUACGGCAGUGCUGGAGAACACAGAGAACAUUGGCGUGAAGAUAGCUGCAGGCUGGUCGGCUGCAGUGUUUGUGAUGCUGAUUUUUUUUUUUUCAAACACAAUCCAAAUGAAAAGAUAGUAAUGAAGAGGCUGCUCUGUCGAAGUCACAAGGCGGAGAACAAGGAGCUUCCCAAAAACCUAAAAACAAACCCUUUUGUCAAAGGAAGCGUUGCAAAGAGUGGAAGAUGGAAAAUUGGAACCUCUUGUUUAUAAGUUGACUGACAUUUUCUUUUAUAUAAUGCUACGCUGAAAAAGGAGAUCUUUCAUUCUCUCCCACUUUUACCAAAGCAUGUAAAAGUAAGCGACUGACUUGGUUCUCCUCUAUAGUCCUCCUACCUCCCGUGUCGUCCCCAGUCAUACAACCCCAACCCCUAACCCCAGCUUUGGACCGCGCCUCUGAGCAGUUGGGUGGAAAGGGAUCAAUCCUUUGUGUAGAUAUUCUCCCUCACUUUUCUCAUCACAUUUUUUGCUCAAUGUCUUGUGUCGCUGACGUUCACCAGCGCUGCCGUCUUUUGACUCCAGAGAGACAAUUCAUUUUGUUCACUUUCUUUUAUUUUUCUUAUCAUUUAUUUUAUUUGUUUGGUUCGGGCUCAGCUGUGAAAGCAGAUCAAGAAGACUCUUUCAUGAAAGGAAAGCCUCACGUACUUAUUGUUUGAUUUGUUGUAUCUAUAUUAAUGAGAUGAAAUUCCUCCUCUUGUAGAAUAUUUUGUAUUGCUCGCAUUGUAUGAGGAUGAGAGGACAGAGGUGCAAUAUGAAACUAAUUCAGCUACUGAAUGGUACCUCAGCAACUGCCCAUAGGGUAUCAUAUAAUAUAGAUACAUAUAAAUAUAUUUAAAGCAACAUCAGUUACUUCAUGUGAAUGUACAUAGUAUUUAAAGAGGUCCAAAAAAUGUGUUUGCCAAAUAUCAGAAACCUUUAAGGAUUUUCUCACAUUUCAGUUUUUAUUUCCUUUUCAAAUUCAGCAUUUUUCUUUUGUGUAAGCAUUUUCCCUUUUUUUUUGUUGAAAUGAUAAGGUUGUAGGAAGGUGUAAAAGUUGCUCCCUGGGAAAUCUUAAGUGAACGACGUUGCCCUUUAUAGUCUAAUCAAGAAUGGAUACAGUAGAUGACAGAUUACAUGACAAAAGCUUGAUUGAAUAACAACCUUGAAAAAUUGCAUUAUCCACACUAUAAUACCACCAAAAAAAACUAUCGUGCAACGCCCGGCACAAACAAACAUGAUGUUCAAUUGGCCAUGCCUCACAUUCACUUUGAAUUGGACAUGAUAUCACAUUGGUCAAAGGAUUGUGGAAAGGCUUGAAGCAAAAUGAGGGGGCGGAGCUAAAGUUUAACUUCAGUUAACUUUAUGCGAAUGAGCGCGUAGUGUGCAUUGCAUCUGGUCAUAUUAUUUGACAAUCUAAAUUCUGUGAGUAUUGGCGACCAUGCGGACUUGAGGGGGAAUUUCAUUUGCUAAUUGAAUGCCCUUCCAUUGACAAAAUUGUAAGCUCAACUAGAAAAGUGCAAACGGGUGCGGGGCGAUGCCACGCGAUGCCACCAGUCUGCUCAGGCCUGGCUAUUUUGCGCGAGAACCUGGUAAGAAGGCACCGUGAAAAAAUAUCUGUCGGCUGACAAAACUCACCACAACAUCACAAAAGUCCAAUCAAUCAACCAACCAUACUAGUUUCAAGAAAUUCCUCAACAUACAAAUUUGCGGUUUGAGGUUAAAGCUGGAGUCAUGAUAUCCCUUUAUGUGACUGCACCCUCGCCUUAAUUUUCACCAACAUUCACAUCCAGUUACAAGGAAGGAUCCUCAUAUAGGUGUACUGUGUGUGUCUUUGUGUUUGGUUUGAUUUGACCAUUAGCCAUCAUUUGUCACUGUGUUUGUGUCCCUUUGGGUUUGAUGAAACCACUACUCUGAGAAGCCGCUCCAUAGUCCCGUACCACUAGCUACCUCCCGUGGCCAGACAGCAGGCCCAGCGCGGCCCUCCCUGGGUUGGAUGUCUGAAGCGGGGCUGGACGCACAGAUGGGUGGACAUACGCUAAAACUGGGGACAAGCAAAACCCGGAUUAAUCGGAACAGGGUUUUUCCGAAGCGUUUGAAAGGAAUUGUCAUUAGUUAUCAAAUGUCACAAUCUCUGCUAUUUUUUAUUAUCGACCCACAAAACAGGUUUUGGUCUUGGAAUACACUCUCGAUAUAGCAUAUGCUACGUAUAUAUUUUUGUGUUUGAAUGCGCAUUACCCAUUAACCAAAUGUCCACAAUAACAUUUACCGUCCAAAACUAAUACAAGCACAGACCAAAGUACCACUGCAUUGCUAUUGACAGCUCAAUUUUGAUGUGAUGUGAAUUGUCAGACCAGAAAUAACGAGGAUAGAUGUUUAUGUCUAUGCCAAAUAACCAAAGUGUCUGGAAUACACACUCACACUCAGAGCUCAUGGGGGAAGAACAUUCCGGGGUAGACCCAGUUUUUGAUUAACCAAGGCAAUCAAACUGCUUGUGUUGUAGAUACUGGGGGAAGUAUUCAAACUAAUACUAAAGGGAAAAAACGAAGAGUACCAUCUCUCUUUGUUUAGCUCCCAGUGUGGAGUGUUCUUACAUGACGAGGCUCUGCAGAGAAAUAGUGAAUGCAUUUUGAGUGUGAUUUUGUGUGAAUGAACUUUCGUUUUUCUCUUUUCUCUGUCUAUGUACAAGACUACUUGAAAACGCUAGAGCUUUAAUGAAACACCCUGUAAACAGUCGAACAGUAGAUGUGUGUAAAUGAUAGCCAAACUAAAAGAGGUGGUAGCGACCUACAGAGUGCGCCUACAGCCUGAAACCAUGACAAUUCCUUUCACUAUCCCAUCGCUCGUGUACACAUCCCUGUCUUAGGAGACUCUGCCCACAUUUCAACCAAACCAUGCCAAAAUGAAUGACCACUUACAAAUGACCAAAAUCCAACCAAAAGCUAAAAUACCUUCUUCCUCUCCUUAUUCUUUUAUUUGUUUAUCCAUGGCUUCCGUGUGAUGGUUAAGCAUUCAGACACAUACAUUGAGGUCAGACGGCAAACACAGUAGAAAGUGCACCUAUCAGUCUUUAUAUCGUUCAGUAUCUGUCCCUGCCCUCAGGUUUAAUCCUGUUUGACCACUUGAUUACCUGAUUACCAAGCCAACCAGAUUUGUGCUGGGUAAACUAUGUCAUGUUGUAUUUCUUUCUCCCUCAUUUUGUGAAAAUACUUCAGAUGGUGAGAAUAUAAUGACGGCUCUGUUGUGAAAUCCAUCCGAAAGGGUUUCAAAUCAUUAUUUAUUUGUUCAAUAUAGAUUUUUCUAAUAUACAGUACAUAAGGGCAAAACGCAUGUGUGACAUACUGACUGAUUUCCCGAACUUAUGUAUAGAUAAUGAACCCUGAGCGCUUCUAAGGUGCAGUGGCGCCAUGUCUCCUGUAAAGUAAGGAUCCCACGCUGUAUGGAUCUCAAUAUGGUGUCAGGAAAGCACCUGAAGAACAGCGCUUCCUAAAAGCCAUGGCUCCGGGCGGCCCUGUUUCUACCUUCACACCACGUUAAUAGGAAACUCCGGGUUUUCUGAGUGUAGGAAGCAUUAUAAACUGUAUUGUGCAAUACAUUAUUACAGAAAAAAUUAAUAAUGUUUCUUUAGGAAAGUUUGGCGCUUCAACGAUUUUCGUUCUCUUUGAGGGUCCUGUUACUAUUUUUAGAUCAAGUGAACUGUGCCAGAUAAUUAAAAUCUGAUUUUUAUUAUUUAUUUCUUGCAUGCUUUCCUCCCUGUGGCUCGUAGCGCUCUUUAACUGUUGGCUCCGUUGGAUGUGUGAAGCUGUAAAACAUUCAGGUUUAUGUCUGUGAUGAACAAUGUAACUGUGUAAUUAAAAUAUAAAAUCAAAUAUUAACCA